UUAUAUCUCUUGGCUAUUCUUCUAUUACCAAGUACAAGAAAGGAUAUCAUGGAGGACGAAAAGACAAACAGGCAUGGAAAGAAGAAAAUGCAUCAUUCUUUAGGCACCUUAACUAUUGGUGGUGAAGGUGGGAUUACAGGACUUCUUGUGUUCGGUGGAGCAUUGGCCAUUGCUGGUUUUAUGGCUGUCACCUCUUUUGCGACCCAAAGAACUAAGAAAAAGGCCAUUCAUCCCUACCAACCUAUACCUCAACAUUUAUUAUUGGAUGACGAUCAAGACAUUCAAUAUUCAACAACCCAAGUUGAGGAGGAUGUCACAUCUUGCUGCAGCUGUUUGACAUCCAAUGUGUGUACCAAUACAGUUAGUUCCUCCGAGUUGCCCUCUGUCCAAUCUUUGAUUCCGGAAGAGAAAAUUGACAAUGAACCCAAUAGUGCGUGCUUUCACCAUCAAGAAAUUGCCUUCUCUGACUAUUCCCUCCCAGAAAGUGCAACAUCCUCAAACGAAAACGCUGUUGCUGAAGAAUGUUCGAUGUCAUUGUUUAACAACUCCACUGACCAUGAACAAGACGAAGAGAAGGAUGAAUCUCAAGAUGGCCUAACAUCCACAGAAACAGAGGUGAAGGACGACGAUGAUGUUACAGAGACCGAUGAAGAAGAUAGCUCAGACCUUGAUCACAACGAGGAGCUGAUAGAACAUGAAUUCAAGAAUUACUACUGCGAAAGCCAUGUCUGCAGUGACUUAUAUUCAGAUGGUUCCUACUAUGCUGAAAAUGAGAAGGCCAUGACAGUACCGAAAGAAGCAAUUUUUAACAGAACAUCAAAUUUCUCUCUGGUGCAGAAUGAUCAACCAUCAAUAUUUACAACCUGGAUUAUGCCCAUGAUGUUGUUAGGAUUGCUAAUGAUCCUAGUUUUGCUGACCAGUGGCCUACAGGAAUCUCUUUAUAUCCUUGAUGAUGGCGAUUCUAUAAUAGUCCCAUGAAGUGAAUUUAGGAUCAAUGUUUUGGUCUAAAAAGAAGAAUCAAUAUAUAAAACAUAUAUGUUCUGUUUUGUGAGUUAGUAUCAAUAUAUGUAUUUGUUCUAUUUCAAUGAGUUUUGAAAUGGACGUUGCUAUAA